CAGCCGGAGCCGUCUACGUAGAAAGCCCGCCUCUUACGGAAGCCGAGGCGGGCGGUCAGAAUCCGGAAGAAAAACAAGCCGGCGAGAGGGGCGAACGAGACCUGCGCUGGAGAGGCUGCUCUGGCCUCCACCGGCUGGAGCGGGGAGACCAGAGCCCGCGGCGGGGCCACGGGGUGGGGAUGAUGGCGGCUGUCAACCAGCGGAAGCCGAGCGGACCCAAACGCACUAAGCUCAGUAUACAUGUUGUGACAUGGAAUGUGGCUGCAGCAGCUCCCCCUAAAGACCUGAGUGACCUACUUCUCCUGAACAACCAGAACCUGAAUCUGGAUAUGUAUAUUAUUGGUUUGCAGGAAAUGAACUCUGGGAUCAUAAGCCUUCUUUCUGACACUGCCUUUGAAGACCCAUGGAGCAGUUUCUUCAUGGACGUACUUUCUCCUCUGAAUUUCAUCAAGAUCUCUCAUGUUCGCAUGCAGGGGCUUCUCUUACUGCUCUUUGCUAAGUAUCAACAUCUGCCGUUCAUCCAGAUCCUCUCGACAAAAUCUACUCCCACUGGCCUCUACGGGUACUGGGGAAACAAAGGAGGAGUCAACAUCUGCCUGAAACUUUAUGGCUAUUAUGUAAGUAUCAUCAACUGUCACCUGCCUCCCCAUCUAUACAACAAUGACCAGCGGUUGGAACACUUUGACCGGAUCCUGGAGACACAGAAUUUUGAGGGAUCUGCUAUUCCCAACGUCUUGGAUCAUGACCUUAUUCUGUGGUUUGGAGACAUGAACUUUCGGAUUGAGGACUUUGGCUUGCACUUUGUCCGGGAAUCCAUAACAAAUAAGAACUUCAGCCAGCUGUGGGAGAAGGAUCAGCUUAGAAUUGCCAAGAGAGAUGACCCACUGCUCCGAGAGUUCCAGGAGGGUCCCCUGCUCUUCCCACCCACCUACAAGUUUGAUAAGAAGUCCAACAACUAUGAUACCAGGAGUCGCACCUCUGGCCCCCAACUUGAGUUGAAUCCACUGAUGUCUGUUCCACUGAUAACCAUGAUGCCUGAGAGCCUGUGGACCAUGGAAAAUGACAUGUUGAUCAGCUACUCCUCCUCCCCAGACUUCCUCAGCAGCUGCUGGGACUGGAUUGGACUAUACAAGGUGGGAAUGCGCCACAUUUAUGACUAUGUGUCCUAUGUCUGGGCUGGGGACAACCAGGUCUCCAUGAGCGACAACCUGAAUCAGGUAUACAUCAACAUCAACGAUAUCCCUAAGACUGAGGAUGAGUUUCUCCUCUGUUACUACAGUAACAGUAGGAACUCUGUAGUGGGGAUAAGCAAACCCUUCAAGAUCCCGCUUCGCUUCUUUCUGAAGGACAAUUCACUGGAUGAGGAUGAACCACGAAUCUAAGCUGGACUAGGAAUGAGUGAAGCCAGGGUGGAGGCUAGAACUGGCAGCCUACUCUGCUUGAACUGCUGCCAGGAUUACUAGGAGCCCAGCCGGGCCCUGCCCCUGAGGAAGGAGCCAAGUAACCCACACUUCCAGGGGGAGCUCAGCCAGAUUCCCUUUGCUUUCUCUAGGCCAGAUCUCUGAAAUUGGCACUUAAAUACAGGUUUUUGUUGCUGA